AUGACGCAGGAAUUGCAUCGUCCCACCUGCAAAAGACCGAGGAAACCAGCACCCCCACCCGCACCGGCGAGGACGAGACGUCGGGCGAGCUCGAAAAUCGUGGGGCCGACGAAGGCGAUAUGCAUUGCAAAUAUCGACUUGAGCGGUCUGGGAGAGUUAGACACUGUCGCGCUAGGUCGGCGUGACAGGAAGAUAAAGAUAUCUAUUUUAUGUCCGUGAGCAAAAAAAAAGUCAUGCACUUUUAGGCACCUAAAGAUGGCGAUUCUUCUCCAGAAGAGGCAUAAUUGCAGAUCAGCUUGACGAGGAAAACUUUUGAUGCUGCUGCUCACAAUGUUUGUAGACCCUUUGGCCGCCCAUACGAAACCUGUAUGAUCUGGUAACCAAAGCAGCCCCCGCGCGCUCGCAAAGCGAUCCUUCCGGGAUGGUCAUCCAUCGCAAACGCAGCGCGAAGGCGUGGCCGCUGCCAUACGGGAGGGGCUCGAGAGUGUGCAAUCACUCGCAAAGCCGGGCACUUUCUUGCAUGCGGUUUGUCCGUCGGAAAGUGGAUUUCGGAAAAGCCGGUCUAUUUUUUGAAAAAGCAGAAGAAUCUGGCGCGUAGCCAGGUCGAGAAAAAGGGCAAAAAGCGGAUUUUUUCGGCUCCGCCCGAUGAUCUGUUUUCGAAGAAAGAAGCCUGAGGCUUGGGCUGCGCCCGAUGCCGUGCCGCGAUUGGCAGCCGAAAUUGUGCCAUCCGUCGGCCGAAAAAUCGACCGCCGAAAGGCGCACUCUUUUUGCGGUAUGCAGAACCCGGCUGAAAAGGGCCGCCGACGUGCUGUUUUUAAAGGCCCCACGCCAUCGGGAGUGAAAGAAAAAAAAUGGUCUGCAUUUCCUGCGGAGGUGUGUCACACACGCACGGUCUUCGACCUCUCGGAGGUUCCAAGGCGAACACCCCCCCCCCGAGUGCGAAUGGUCUAGUUGGGUUGCCCAAAAGGGCUGUCGGAAGUAACGAAAAUUGUGGAAAUUUUUGGAGUUUGGGUCUUUUUGCGGGCCUGCCUGCCCUCGUGCAUAGCGUGGCGCGCAACGGUAUAGUGGCCUCCACAGAAGAGGACUGCUUUGCUUCAAGGGGCCUAGGAAGGAUGCCCCGCUGCGAGUUGGCCGGAUUCAUUUCGCAUUCGGUGCGUAUAUAUCGCAGGAGCCUGGGGGCCGCCGCGGGCUGCACCACGUCCCCGCGGCCCUUGGCCGCAGUUGUGCUCGUGGCCCUCUAUUGCCGCGACCGCAAUCUGCGGCCCGCGGCGGAAGAAGAAUUGGUGGGACUCCAAUAGGUGGCGCUCUCUCUCUCGUUUGUGCCCGCUGCCGUGCGACGGUGGAUGUUAGAAAAUGGCUGGCGGGCCUUCGAGCUGAUUAGAUGUAGUCCACGCACGCAUUUGGUUACUAAUAUCGCCCUGCGGGCGCGACCUUCAUAUAUAAUAAAGAUCUUGCAACCUUCCAGACCCAGACAUCCAUGUUUGCAGUGGAUAUUAGACGACUCUGCAGCUCGUGGAGGCUCCAGUGCGAACUCGGCCUCCCGGCACAAAAGUAAAAAAUCACGACGCAGUAUGGGAGUGCCAGGUUCGAAAUCGGCAAAGUUGGAGUAUUAUCAUGACGCAUGGAAUCAAAAUCGACACCAGUUCUUGGGCCCACAUUUUCCAGGCGGCGCAUGACAAGUUCAUCUGAGAGCGCCCAAGCCCCUUUUGUCAUGCUGCUAUGGAACUACCCAGAAGACCGUUUUUCUCGUGCUCCGUCGCAGCUCUAUCCCUGACCGUGAGCAUCUUCAGCAGGCUUACAAUCUGUUUCGGUUCAUGUCAUUGAUUCCUGCUGCAACUACCCAGGCGUUCCUUCGGCUCUGCGACUCUAUGCAUCUAAAAGUCCAAAUCAAGAAAUAGCUGUAGGAGUCUUUCUUCAGCUUUGCACAUUUCAAACCUGACGCUUCCAUACGGGACCGGGACCAGAGCACGCGUGGUGAGCGGUCGUCUAUCAGAUGCAAAUAUGUCUGGAUCUGGAACAAAGGAUGAAAUUUGUGAUGCUGAUUUUCGAUCGACGUGCAGAAAGAAACAAACCUGUACUGCAUGAGCAGCACAAGAAGGCACUCAUAUUUUUGAUACCAGGAUUGGCAUUUUGAUUUUUUCUCAUGCAGGAUAAGGAUAGGCGUGAGGAGCUUCUUUGCGCAGCCUUUCGGCUUCGCGAUACCUGUAAAAAUGCUAGAGCAUGCAUCACUGACGUCGCAGGUUAUGUAAAAUCUGCAUGAACGCAGUGGCUGUUGAACAGAGGUAGUUCGUUUAUGCGGGAUGUUCGACAUUUAUAGAUUAAUCGUGGGCAGUGCUUGGCGGAGCUAUAAUUGCGGGAUAUUCAUUCGUGUUAUCCCGGCCCCGGGACAUCUGUAUUCCUUACCCUUCCCUCAUUUCCCGGUUGAUCGGUUGAUAUGAUUUGAUCGACUCCAGGCGCCACCCUCGUUUCUCACCUGCAGGGGCCCCGGGCGCCUCGCCGUUGAUGUUUUACUUGGUGGAGGAACGCAGGGCUCUACGUGCUAUUAGGGGCAGCUUCGUCGAUCAUUGUAAAAUCAGCAUGACAAUAAACACAAACAAGAACUCCCCCAAUCUUCCAGUAGGACCCAGACAUAUUCGCGGUUGAUACCAUCUUCGCGGUCCCGUGGCCGAUAUCAAAGUGAAAAAAGCCCCUUUAUUCCCACAUAUGUCGAAACGAAAUUCAUUUUUGUGUAGCGUGAUAGAUUUGCCUUAAAAUUUGUCUGUCCGGCAUGAAAUACAAGCGUUGGAUGCUGGUGCUCAGCAUGAGGCGAGAAAGUGACGGCAACAACUGCAGUCUGCGGAAAAAUACCAUGACGAUUUGCUUGCACACUAGGCCGGGAGUGUGGCUCUUUGUCUUGUAGCAUCAACACAAGUGGACAGCUUUUGUGAAUGCAAACGACGCAUGAGAAAUCAUCCUUGAAUGCGUUGAGGUGGGGGAAUUUUUCCUGACAAGAAUAGGCGGAGGAGCAAGUCCAGUCGAUCGGGCAAAGCGGAGCGGGGCCAAGCUUACCUGGAGAUAUUAAAUGUAAAAAUGUCUGGGUCUGGAAACUUGUGAUGCUGUGUGGCGUAUAUCAUGAGGAGGCGACAAUUGCUGGCUCAGCAUGACAAGUUUCUGAGCUUCUAGGUGUUGCCUAUUCUGCAUGACAAACUACGUUUCUGCAUGACAGAAAAGUGGGGCUCUUUGGUAAUGUGCAUGACAGAUUUAAGAGUCAUGCCAGACAAGCAUGACAAACUUGCAUUCUUCCAGACCCAGACAUUUUUACAUUUUAUAGGAGAAGCAGGCACGCAACGGCAGCGGCAAAGAAGAGGCGGAAGCCGAAGGCCAGGAGCAGCCGCACGAGCGUAUGACUUUCUCCUAUAGAACAAUCUCACCUGGAACAAUUUGUGAUGCAAAGUGUCCACGUUCUUCUGUUUUGCGUUGGCCCUCGUCUCGUCUAGCUAGCUAUAAUUAUGGUGCUUGACACGACAAGAACUCUCUGAGUCUGACACGAUGCCAAACGGCAUUGAAAACUGCACAGAUGAAGUAGGCAGGCUUAGCCAGCAGAGCAGAGGCAACCAGAGCCGGCUCGCCCCCUUCAAAAAAAUAUAGGGGGGUCGCAACAAGCCUUACCCUGUUAGUACAAUCCCCACGGGAGUUUCGGACCAACCGGCCGGAUGGUUCGUAACUCCGGUGCCCCGAGAGUUACCGCUUGCGACUGAUGGUUGUGUAAGGCAAAAUUUCGGGCAGGGGUGCCGGAGUUAAGGACCACCCGGCCGGUUGGUCUGUAUCUCCGGUGCGGAGCUGGCGAAUCGGUUUACAAAGUGGCUUCGCCUUGUACUUCUUGUUCCACUUAAGAUUGUUUCAGCUGAGCGCGUCAUAGAACGAGGCCGGUCGACGCCUGCCCAGGGGCGGACCGCCAAGAGCCAGCAACCGGGAAAGAAGCGGCGCAGCAUAUCGAAACGAAAAGUGUCCGGUUGGGGGGCGCGCUCAGAAAGGCAAAGCAUAAUUACAUUUACUGGUCUUGUUGCGAGAAAGUAAAGUAGUUGGUUCUGGUUUCACAUGAAAAUUUUGUUCGUGUUUUGCACAGUCAAGACGAACAAGGCGCAUUGAAGUAUAGUGUUUAUUUUGUUGCAGAAUGCCAAUGCCAAUGCUUUCAGAAGCACAACGGGUACAGGCUUCGCCUCUCCUGCUAGAAUGACUAAAGACCUCGCCGCUCCUGCUAGGCCAGGGCGCAAGAGGAUAAACAGACUUCUUUGAUGCCCGACGCUUGUCGGUGUCGAAUCGCGACAUUUGCCAUGCUGAUCCCACAUUUGCAUGUUCUUACAAUGUGGCAAUACAUGUUUCAAUCAGUUUCGAUUGGAGGGUGGAAUAUUUGCAAUGGAUUUGCAUUUUCGCUCUCGAAGCCCGCCAGUGCCAGAGGCACAUUUCAUCGUGAUGCAGCAGCCGGUAUCCUGCGUGAAAACGUCCCCACGAGAACUUCAGAUGAGUCAAGACGUUGACCUUGCUACACAAAUGAACAGUGUUUGCGUCGUGUUACGCAUGACUACAAGUCUGGGAACCCAAAGUUACUAGUCGCGUUUUUUUAGCUAGUGGUAGCGCAGUCGCAUCGCGGAUCCAUCAUCUUAUCCUUGCCAAUUCCGAGAAGAUAGCAUCAGAAAUAAGAAUGCUCCCUGUGGACAACUUGCGUGUGAGAUGAAAUGUUUUAUUUUGGCAUGCCACGCCUUUGCAUGACGAGAAGUCAUCUGGUUCUGGGGUGGGGAUGUUUUUACACAUGAUAGGCGGCGCCGAACCACCAGGAGCUCCACGGCCACGUGGCGCCCGCAGUUUAUCGAAUGCAAAUAUUUUUCGGCCUGGAAUCUUGCCAUGCUUUCGCAUCGUAAACGCUGGAUCGGAGGGCCCGGGAAUGAUUUUAAGUGAAACAAUUUCAAACAACUACUUUCAAAAUGUGGGGCUUUUCGAAAAUCAUAACGCCAAUGACGCAGCCUGUGUGCUAGAAGGCGCUGCGAUUUGGUCUUGAUGUUUCGGAGGGUUUGCUUCUUUUUCGCCCAGCCAUGGUUCCAGCAGAGCAGCUAUUCGCCGCUGUUUGAGUUUGGUCGCGCCGUAAUGCGUGGCAACACACCUGGGCCGGAACGCGGCUGCAGUCGCUGGCCAGCUCUACACUGUCUGCCGGGCGUCGCUCCGAUUAGAGCGGCCAAAGGAUAGGCCCGCAGGAGCUUCCAUGUGGCGCUGGGUUUCUCGGUUUCGUUAGGUGAGCGCCUGCGGGCCCCGCGAGCUGUUGCAGUGGGUUCGCCCGUGCCCUUUUUUUCGUCGCAAGGAAAGCCAAGCAGCACCUUGCGACUGUGAAAAGUAGAGGCCGUGCCCGGACGUGGACAGCUUCGCACAGGGAAGCAGGCGUGGCGGGCUUCGGGCUAGACAGUAGGGCCGGCGCGCGCGCGACUCGUCGGGAAAUGUUCCACUUGCUGUUGCAGUUGUCCGCGCGCCGGCUCGCCUAGGUAGCCAGUCUACCUGAGACGGAGCGGCAGAGGACGCAGAUGAGGCCGCGGCGGAGAUGGUCUCGCGGCUCUGCAAUACGUAGUUGAGCAGGUCGCGCCGCCCAGGCGAAGGGCUGCCUGGAGUGUGCGGCAUCCUGUAGCGUGUGGCCGCUCUUCGGAGCAGCCUUGCGGCGCCUAACAAGGAGGGAAGCCGGAGGGGAGGCCUCUCGUUCAGCAGACACCAUCGCGCGGCGAAAUCUCCUGGGCACAAGAAAAAUCCUGGGCCCUGGAAAGUUUCAAAGCCGCAAAGCCAAGGCAUUUCAAAACUCUGUCAGAGUUGCGGUCUCCGAUGGUUUUCUCGGUUCUGGCGGAAUUCUGACGGAAUUUUGAGUAUCGUCUUGAUGGAGUUUUGAAAUUGGCCAAAAACAAAAUGUCUGGCUGAUGCGAUUUUGAAACUGACCAAGGCGGGCGAUGGGGUUUUGAAUUUGCUUAAGAGGCCUGAUGGGAUUUUGAAAUCAUGCGAGACAUGGCCGAUGGCGUUUUAAAAUCAGCGAAGGCCGGCGAUGGGGUUUUGAAUUUCCGAAGUGCAGCCGCUGGCCGUUGGUUUGGCGGGGCAGGCUCCGCGGAGCGGUGUGCGAAGCGGCUCAUCGGGCAGGGGCGUGCCGCCCUUGGCCCGCAUCGAUGCCAAUAGCGGCGAAGCCCCGCAGCGCACGGCCAGCGAAACGCGCGGGCUGCCCUUGGCAGCGGCAUUACCUACCCGCUUUAGGAUAUGGGGCGCGCGGAUGAACAGCCGCCGCUCCGGCAUUCUUGGGAGAGGCGCCGCGCGUGCCCGGUUCUUUCGCCUCGUCUCUGCCGAGUUGCAGCGGGCGUGGGCGUUUCGUGUCUCGCUGUUCUUGGCGCCGUAUGCCUGCAUGGGGUUCGUUGCCAAACCGGCACGGCAGCCCGCCGCCUGGCGCCCGUUCUUUGCCUGCGUCGCCCCUGCGUGCGAGACGGAGGUGUGCUCCGCCGGUGCAAAUCGCCUGCGCUGUGUGCUGACACACAUUGGCGCCAAGGCCGGCGGCGCACUGAAAGUACGGGCCCAGUGCGGAAGGGGCGGAACAGAUGUGCGGGCCCCGGUAUUCGUGGCCGCGGGCGCCCCGUCGCUAGGCCCGCCAACUCUUACUUUGGUGGGCUUUUGGCAUUCCCGUUGAGGUCAAGUUUUUCGAGCGGUAGGCAAUGAAAAAUCGCACAACGCGGAGGCCCGCGUGGAAUCUUGUCGCGAUGCUGGUUCAUCGAGGUGCUGAACAAUGUGAAUCAGUAUCACCAGCACGCCGUAUCCGUAAAAUUAAUGAAAAUGACCGACAAGCAGCACGAUCGCGAGUUCUUGUUUAGCCAGUGUUAUUUUAGCCUAUUGCUCUGCAUGACCACACGUUUCACAGAAAAAAUAAGACAGUGGGGCUUUUGGUGGUACUUUACCCAAUAGGUAAAGUGCGCGACAGACUUCGGCCUCAUGUUAGUAACCAAUCUGCACAAGAAGCAAGCUCGGUAUUCUUGUUCCAGGCCCUGACCUAUUUGCAGUUGAUACAGCCAUGGAUGGAGCAAACGUAUUGGGAUGGCGUCAAAAUUACGCACUGCAAGAGCAAAGUGUCUGGAUCGCGAUCGGGAAAACAAGUUCAGGCUCGUGAAAUAAAGUCGGCCUCUAUUUCUUUGUAUUUAUGUAAAACAUAAAGUAGUUCGUAGUUGUAGAUAAAAAAAAUAAGAAUCGUAAAAAUCAGUGAGCUUGCAUGACUCGCAAAUAAAGUUGUCCAGUUAUGAUUACUUCUGGCGCGGCACGAACAUUCAUGAAGCGUACUUGGGUACUUACUUUGUUCUACAUGCAGGACACUAGCCACAAUUGCAAAGCCUUCGCAGAAUAAGAUUUUGUGAUGCUAUCGCUAAGCCAUGUGUCCUUCCAGAAGAUUUAUUUGCGAGGCACUCUGCUAAAAUCGCUGCUGCUGCAUGAUAUCUAUUUAAGCGCCUGGUGCAUUUUUUUCCCGGACCCAGAUCGAUGUUUGCAUGUGAUGAACGAACAAAAAAGAACGCAAGAAGCCAUGGCAGAAACGGGCCAGCGGAACAAGGCGCAAAACCGCCCGGGAACCGACGGCGGAGAACCUGGCUCCUUCGCUAUCAAGUGCAAAAAAUAUGUCUGGGUCUAGAAACAAGGCGCAAUCUUGUGAUGCGCUCUGUCAAGAAUGGUCUCCGUCGCACAAAAAUCUGUCAUGCGUCGACAAUAAAAGGUCUUUAUCUUUUCGCCAAGCAGAGAGGGGUAGAUUUCUCAUGCUGAAUAGGCUUUGCAAAGCUGUCGUAGUGCUGGAACUACGACCUGUGAUGCUAGGCUCCGCACUCCACACCUUCUGGAAGAUAAAAAACCAGCACGAAAAUAACCUCUGCGUUUUUUUUCCCAGACCCGGACAUAUUUGCAAUCCAUAUCCGCUCUGGGGGAGCGGCGAGAUGAAGGUGGCGCGAACGCUAUCCGGUGUAAAAACGUUCUCAACCAAGACCAACCAUAGUGAAGCGGUCGAAGUCUGCUCCACCUUUUGUCAGUGUAGUUGAAGCUUCUCAAUCCUUUAGUUUGGUCUUUGCAGUACAUCAAGAACACCUUGUUGUCAAAGUCAACGGCGCUAGCUGCCCUCAGGUAGAAACGCCGACAGAACUUGCAACGCUGCAUGUUACAGCAAAAGCACACGACAAGGAAGGGCCGCGGCGCCCCCGCUGUGCAAUUCUAGAAGACAACAGCUUUCCCGUGGUCUUGAUGGAUAGGCAUGUCUCGACUGCACUACUGCCCCAAAUCGAAUUGUCGUCACAGCAAGCACAUUGCAAAAUAGGCCGUGGCCGCGUUGUUUCCCAUACUAGGCGCGCGGCGUGCCUCUCGGUGCGUUUGGCAUGAUCACGCCUGACCGGCGUAGUUGUGGCGAGCUAGUACGAUCAUGUAUCCACGACGUCACAAAUAAUUGAGCUUCCCAAUAUUGAACGCCAUUUAAAGGCACUCCCGGUCGAGCUGCGCCCGACACACAUUAUAACUCAGGGCAGUCAGAUUAUUUGCACGACAGCUCCGGGGUGGGGACGUUUUUCCACGGGAUAGCUGCCUUCAACCACGACGAGGCAGGCGCAGCACUACAGAGAGAAUAUGGAGGGGAAGUCAGUGAUCUUCCCGACCGGUGGCUGUCGUACGUAAAGACGUAUUUUGUCACGCGGCUUCGCACACUUGGCAGCUCUAUUUUUCGUGACGCACCACCAAAGAAAAUAUGAAUCACUCUGGAACGCAUGGGAGUGAGUAAGUUGUUUUCACGUGUUUUUGUUUGUACUUCGUAAAAUUAAGGCAGUCGCCCCGCAUGCCAAAGUGCGGCGCUUUUUCAUGCUAGCAGCACUCCGUAAAUAAAUCACUUGCUUUCCCUCUAUAGAGAGCUUGAGGCAGCGUGGGGGUCCGGCGCUAGCUGGAACGCUGCGAACUCUAUGGAUUGUAAAAAUGUCUGGGUCUGGAAGAUUCUGAUACCUGUCAUGCACGUUUUGCAUGAGCCAUGGCAUGAUGUCGGUGAUGCAUGCCCUAGCAUCACAGAUCUUUUGAGGGCUUCUUGAUGCCUAGUCCGCAUGACAAAUGCCCUCUCCACGUAGCACACAUUACUUUCUCUUUGCUGCUCAUGCAAUACAGAUUUUUUUGGAAUCCAAGUGCAGCAUCACAAGUUUCAUUCUUCCAGACUCAGACAUUUUUGCGUUUGACAAACUCCACCAUGGAGCAGGGCGGUAGCAGCGCUCUCCAAGAGCACGAGUAUGCGUGGCAAAAAUUUUGUCGGGUCCUGGAAGGGAGUGACGCAUGGCAAGUUGUGAUGCUAUCUCUGGACGACGGACCAGGAAGGACCACACAAAAAUAUAGUAAGUCUAAUUUGUCAUGCCAAAGAACAACAAGCACUAAGGCGUCUGAUUUUCACUCCUUCGAAUGAGGGCGGAUCUGUCAUGCGGAAUUGUACAGAGUAUUGAAAACCUCAACCUCUCAGCGGCGAAAAGUCCUGGAUUGCUCUAGUAGUACUGUACAUGACACCAUGAUCUGGAUGGAAAUCCUCGUAAUGCUCAUACUUUUCCAGACCCAGACUUAAAAAGUGUUUGCGUUUGAUAGCGAGCAGGUGGAAAGUAUCUCCAUGGCCAAAGCGGUGCUGAACUAUGCCGGCGGGAAAGAAAAGGCGAAAUUCCUACAUUUAUUUCAAACGAUAUUCCGGAUCUCCGAAGAGCAGAAGAAGCAGGGAGCGAAUAAAAUCGUUUUCACGCAAGAAAACGUAGAGGAGAUCCUGAGGGAAGAUGAACAAGGGCGGACGCCGAUCGAAAGCCCUCUUGGGAAAGGAUCCGUAUUGGAGUAUAAAAGUGGAAGUGCUACCGGCACUGAGGGCGCUGAGCCAAAACAGAAACUCUUCGCAGAACAGGACGCCGUGUGGCAGUAUGCCGAGACGGUUUUGUGGAAUUCCGGCACGGGCGAUCUGUCCGGCAGCCCGCUCGUCCGAGCGAACGCGAUUCCGUUAGUUUUGAACGCCAUUGGGAUGAAGGGCACAGGGGCAUUGAUGCUGGGCGAUUGGGCUUAUGUCUUGCAGAAACAUGCGGCAGCGAUGGGACUCGAUAUUGCUGGACUGGAUCAACAAGUCGACGGAGGGAAAUCUCCUACGGCGCUGAACCUUUUUAAACCCGAAGGGGCGAAGGCUGCGCAGGCUUUCAGAGAAAAGUUGGCACAAAUUAGCGAACUAGUGUCCUCGCAGGUGGAACAAGUGGGCACGGGUUCGGCGCCAUAUGUUGCAAACAACUUAGAAGCACCGGUCAAAGAUUUGGCCGAAUGCUUCAAAAAGAUUGCCGAUAAACUCCAACUCAAGCAGCGCUCCAGUACUUCUAGUUCGGACGGAAGUACAGAGGGCGGGGCCAUUAGUUCUAAUGAGGACUUUCUGAAAACCCUGGCUGCGCAUGUGCUUAGUCCAGCCUCCACAACGGGCGAUGCGCCAGCGAUCGAACAGCUACAAAAGGAUGUCGUUGCUGCGUUUCAGAGAUUGGACAAGAAACUGGGCAACGGCGACGCGUCGAAACAACAGAUCGCGAAGUUGCAGGACAUAGCGACGAAGAUGUCGCAGCCAGCCGGAGGAGGAAAGAUAACGGAGGGCGCAUGGAUCACAUUGCUGAAGCCGGACAAUUAUCUUCCUGCCGAAGCUGCAGGAUUAGUGUCGAGUUGUCACCUCGGAGUCCUGUACGAAGUACUCGGCGUCGGCAAGAACCCCGUCGGACAAAACGGGGCCACGUCUGUCGAACUGCGGCCAGUCGUUCCGGGCAGCGUUGGGCCGGUCCGGCCUUUCAAAGUCACCCUGCAGCUGCAGCUGGAAGGGUCGAAAAAUUAUUAUGUUUUUCCAAACCCCACUGAGUCGCCGGUUUUUGUGACGGAGGUGGCUGGGGACAUUGCGAGUCAAGAAACAAAAGUAUGGGCGAUCCUCAAAAACGAGAACGAGAAACCCGAUGCGAAGACGGGAAAACGCGAAAUGUUUACGCUUGCUGACAUUGGGGUGGAAAAUUCUAAAGCCGGGAAGGAACAGCUGGAGACUUUUCGAGAAGUACUUCAAACAGUAUCGAAACAAAAAGUGUUAUUGCCAUCUCCGCCGCACACCCGGUGGGACGGUGAGCUAGUUGGUGGCGUUUAGGGAAAUGGCCAUUCGUGUGCCACCAUGAUGAACUUACGAACGCCACGCAUUUUGCAAAAAUGCAGGCUGGAUGAAUAGAGUUCGAGUUCAAAAUGACCUCUGCAGGGUUGUCGGUUAUGAAGUUUGCAUGGUGCGAGUCUAUGCGACGUAUCCUGCAAGGGCAUCAAGCACAGGGGCGGCCGAUCAGGUAGUUGAGCCGGCGCCGAUUAGUAGCGCGCGCCGGGUGGUGGGCCGGCGGUUUUUUGAUCAUGUAGUGUGACCACGGGGGGCCGCAACCGCUCCGGCAACUUUAGUUUUAUCUUCAGGCGCAGGCCGAAAGAUGAAAUAACAGUGAUUCCCCGGGAGGGUCGUGGGAAAAGUCGUUCUCGGCCUUCCCUAACGCCCCUGAAGAUAGGGCGCGGCGCUACUAUUGGUGAGAGCCCAGUCGCCGGCUCAUUGAACUGCACCGCGUGGCGCCCAGAAUCUGGGGGUCCAAAGUCUGGAGGCCCAGGUAAGACCACAGCGUGGCGCUCGUGCUGCAAGAUUAUCCCUUUGAUCUGGCCACCUUCCCGGGACAGGGCAAAGUCGUAUCACAAACGCCGCGCUAUGCUUUUACCGGGCCCAAAAACCUGGAAGCCCAGGUAAAAGAGUGCCCGUGGCAAGUACUUGCGCCACCUUGUUUUACGGGCCGGCGCAGUCUUUUUUACAAACGCCGCGCGAUGCUCUUAGCCGGCCCUCAAUCCGCGAAGCCCAGGUAGGAGCGGAGCGUGGUGCUUUGCAUGCAAGAUUGCCCUUUUCUGGUCGCUUUUUCGGGCCAAGAAGUGGCCCCCAGAGCAGGAUCGGCUUGCUUAGUCACAAACACCGCGCAGCGCUCUUAUCUGGGCUUCUAGGGCCCAGGCCUCUGCAAAGGCUUCGCGCGAUUCUCAGCAAGCCGUUACAGGGCGCCAUGCUUUUACCUGGGCCGCCAUCCGGAAAGCCCAGGGAACAGCGCAGCGUCGUGCCUGUCAUGCAGGGCGGUCCUCUUCUGGGGGCCGCUCUUCCGGCCAAAGAGUGGCCUCCCGGGGAUAAUGUUGCUAGGCACAAGCGCCCGGCUGUGCUUUUGCCUGGCGUGAGGGCCGGGCAAGAGCAUAGCUUGCCGCCUUGUGAGCAAGAUUGUCGUGGCCAUAAAAAGUGGCCAGAUGAAGGGGGGAUCUUGCUUCACAAACACCACGGCCAUUCGCUUUUGCACGGUCUUCCACGGUUUAGGCCCAGGCGAGAGCAUAGCACGCUCUUGCCCGGGCUUGAGAGAUUCCUGGAAGCCUAGGUAAAAGCUCAGUGUGGUGCUCGUGGCGAAGAUUGUGUCCUUGUACUGUCGUCACUUUCUCGGGCCGCUCGCCACAAGCAACGAGCUGGGCUCUUAAUUGAGCUGGGUGCCGGGGCUCUUUAAGAGCUCGCUGCGCGCGCUUUUUGGCAACUCUCCGCAGCCCGCGAUGCUUUUGGGCCUCGAAAUCGAAACCCCGGCAAAAUUCAGCGCGGCCCUUGUGACCAACAAGGCUACCCCGCUUGUAGCCUCACGAGGAUCGCAGAGCCAAUCUAUUUUGAAUCUAUUGAUUCCAUCCAAAUAUCUAGUCGAGAAAAUUCACUACCAACUAUUGGCGAGAGGCUAGUCGCCGGCUGAUUCAACUGUAUUGCCUGGCGCGACGGGGCCUUCGGAAGUGCGGAGGCCCGGCCAGUGCGCUUUUUCUUGAUUGUAUAAAUGGUUGGAGGGCCGCGUUGCCCACUCCUUUUGUUGUACGCAGGCCUGCCACGUUGGGUUGCAUGCGGAUUGGGUGAUGGCUUUUUCAAUGUUAUGUCACGCAGCCGGAGGCAUUUUUUCGGAGGUGCGGGACACAAAAAAGGCAGAGCUCGAAAAGGUUGUUGAGGGCCAGGCAGCGUUCUUCAACAAGAUGCUUGACUCGGUGAUAGCGGGCGCGAGCAGUGUUUUUGACAAACUAGCCAAACAAGAGAAUACCCCGACUGACUCCAAGCUUCACGUUCACACGGUUCAGAGCUCGGCUUUGAUCGUCCCGGCGGCUGCGCGGGACAUUGGCCCAAUGCUGCUGAACCGAAACAGAGAAGGCGAGGCGCCGAAAUAUACACGCGGCUUCGAUGCCUUGAAGCGUGAUCCGUCCUGGACCAAAGAAUUGCUCGAACCGUUUAAAAAGAAUGGCAGCGAGGAUGAGCCCGCGCCCACCGAAGUUUUCGCGUUUGCCCUGGCGUGCCUGGACUCUUUUUUGCGUCUCCACCAUCCGGUGCGCGUGGACUACACCGAUUUUCAACCUGGAGCUGAGAAAAAGCGGGGUAUUGGUUUGGCGGAAAUCAUCAGAUCGAUGCCGACUGCUCCAACAGCCGCCGACUUGGAAGAUCCCGCGAAGUACCCGAACUUUGCGCCACUCUUUAAUUUGGUGGCAGACCCAGUAGCGGUUCUCACUGGUCCAAUUUUUAGCAGCUUACUCAAGAAGACCUCAGGAUUGAUCGCGGAUAGCAUGGGAGAAAACCCGGAGGAUCUGGACCAGCAAAUUAAAAAAGUACAAGACGCCCUAAAACAAGGGACAGAGUCAGCGGCCGAUGCCUUUUCGACGCAGCUUCCUCCUGACCAAGAUCCCAUGCGAUGCGAGGUGGGCGGAACACAACGAGCUGACAAAAGCCCCGAGGACACCACAUCUUUAUCGUUUGUAGAAACAAGUCGACAAAUGGAAAGGGAUAUCUCGUUCCUGCAGCGUACGCCAGCCGCGCCGCCCGUGCAGCGGACGCCAUUGCCCUACGACGCAAAAUCCGAUGCGCAAGCGUGGUCGAGGUACCAUGGGGGCAGCAACAGCACGGCAGGAACCUUGUUGGAACCACCCGGACAGGAACUGAUGUCCUCGUCCCCGCCCCCGUCUUUCGUGCAGAAAGAGACAUCCGCCUUUGACCCGAGCACGACCUUCGCCAAGAAGACGUCUAGCGCUGAACACACGCAGGUGCAGCGCGAAGCACUUCGCGAGGAGGAAAGGAAAGCAUACGAGAAAAAGGAGGUGAUGGAAAAACGCUUUCUCUCUAGAUCACACCAGGCCGUCCCACAUAUGACUUGGAGCAUGGAGAUGGAAUUCUGGUGGGGCCCGGAUUGGAGAACCUUGAUGUGGGGCGAGGAACAUAACACGUGGGGCGAGGUCGUGUCCACCGAGCCGGGCAAGUGGAAAGGAGCACCGAUACCAAAUUGGUGGGAUGCUGGCUAUGUUUUCCGGGGAAAGCCCAAGCUACCGGAGUACACGAUCAAGUGGUGGGAGGAGAAUCGCUGGAAGUGGGGCCUCGACCAGCGUCGGCAGGUCCUGUACUACACAGUGGCCGACCUCAUGAGCUUUGUCUAUUUUCGUAAUAUCCAUCUUGUUCGGGAAUACAGCGAGCUCGAGGGAGUGAUGAGACAAUUGGAAUACGCAAAGGGGACAGACACAGUGGAGACGCAGCUCUGUGACCUCUACCACGGGACAUUUCGCUCUGUCAGGAAGGAUCGGUAUGCUAGAGACGAACGGGACCCGUCGUCAUCGCCACAGUGGGUUUGCCAAGGAGACGAAAGCGGCAAUCCACGGAAGGUAAUACAACUAGCACCGCAAGAUGCAUCAACGACGACGGUUACUAACGUCUGCGAUCCUCUCGGCGGGGAAGAAUACUUUUAUUUGCGUUCCAGUCGCGCGGACCUCUGUGUAAGAGGAGAACCCAGCACCGAUGUCCAGAAAAACGACUUUAGGCUGGUGGCGCUUGGUGGGAAUGAGGAAGGAAAGGGGGCGACAGUUUUGCGACGGCAGCGGGGAUGUGACAGUGUGUGCUCUGACAUCGCAAAGAACUGCUCCGAGACGUGCUGCGCGUGCAGUGGUGGCGAACAUGUGUGCCGUUGCUGUUGCGAUUGCAGACAGGGAGGCGGCCGGAGGGUUCGCUCCGACUUGGUUGUGGGGGAAGAGGCAAAAGCGCUCUGCUGCGAGCGCUGCAACUGCCAGCGAUAUGGCUGCCAUAAUUGCUGCGAACAGCCCGACAACAUGAGGGAUAACGUUUUGAUGUUGAACCACCGCGGCAAGCCAAUAGCCGACGAGGAUAUCGCGCACUAUUGUCCUACCGAUACCGAGAUAGUGCUGAUGUUCUAGAAACGAAAAAAAAGAAAAAGAGCAAGGCCCUGCGUGGCCGCUCUCCGAACCCUUCCCCCCGGGGUCUUGUGCCAUUUUUUUUGUCCUCGGAUCCCGUUGUCGCCGUGAUGAGUGCGCAAUUUAAUUAUUUUUGGCGAUGCGCCUGGGCCCUAUUUUUUUUGUGCAUGCCUAUGUUGUCCUUGUCGACGGCGAGUGCAAAAGCACAGACGCGCGAGCUUUUUCGGAUUCCAGGCGCAUCUCGACAACAAUUUUUUUUUUUCACCAGAUGCCCGCUUCACCAACCAUCAGCCGCAAUGCCCUCCAGCUCGCUGCCGCAAUGCGACAGCUCUAGCCCUUCUUCGCCGGGUGGCCCAGAUGAUGGGUUCCAGAGCUCCUGUUGCAGCAACGAAACCGGCGCACACCCGGGGGCCGCGAGCGCCGCAGUUGUAGCUGCUCUCGGCCGGAGCAGGCCUGCAGGUGAGAGCUCGCGCGACAAGUACUUAAUAAAGCGCCAUCGUUUCGACAGCCGUCGCGACGACGUCAAAAGCAAAGGCUGCCCUUGGUGUCGUGACAGAUGACCCUCUGUGUGCCGGAUUUUCAUAGAGACGGCGCCGAAAUCUAUAAAACGCCACAAGAAAUAAAUGCGCGACGAAAUGUCAUCACGGGGGCGACAAAAUCAAAAGACAGGAAUGGCAAAAAUGUCACAAGGCCCAAGGCGCUUUUUUUAGUCCUACAACGUCAGCACUACUGCGUUAUGGGUAGUACACUAGUGAACAAUACAGGAGUUCGGCGGCCGCAGGAUUGAUUUGGAUAUUGUGCCAGAAGGUCACUUUUGCUGCUGUUGCGAGCCCGCGCUCUUCUGUGACCUUUUCCGCGAGAACGGGUGCGCGCUUGGCGCUUAUCACUGUUGUAGGGCCAUAGACGGUUGCUGCAGGUGUGACGGCGCUGGGUGUAACACGAAGAGGUGCCGGAACUGCCCCCUGCCCAAACUGCCUUGCUGCGGCAAGUGUGAUGGCCAUGACGAUCGCUACAACACCUGCAAUUGCCUAGAGUGCUGCGAAAAAGAGUGUCCUGGUUUUUGCGAAGAUACGGAGCAUGACGGAUCUUCCGCGCGUUCUCAUCUGGGUUUUGGUAGCGUCGAUACCUGCGAGGACAGGUGCCCGCAGUGCCCCUCCUGCGCCAUACUGUGCUACCUAUACUUCUGCAAACUCUCCACCAUUUUGAUUUGUGGAGCAUACGGGGGUCCGUUGUGUAAGUGCUGUACCCGGGUGCGCAAAGCGAAUGCCGCUAAUUUGGGAUGGACAGAAAGGAACAAGCGGCAGCGGGCCGUUUUUCUGGAGACAUUAGACGAGGUGCAGGAGUACUACAACACAGCAGCCUACAUUGCCACCGGUGCGGUUGGCACAGCUGGUGUAGCUGCAGCUGCAGCUGCCGCUGGUGGUGUCGCUGGGGUUACAGCUGCGGUCGGCGCUGCGGCCUACGCGGGGGCUAAACUUGUGGGGGGCGCCGCUGCUGGUACGGCUGGUUACGGCGCUUUGGUGCAAGGUGCCGCUGCUUCGGCUCCUGCGGCUGCGGCGCCACUUGUGACGGCUGCGGGUCUCGCGGCCCUUAUCUAGAAGGAAACUGCUUCCAGCACAGAGUCAAAAGGACGGAGACUGCUGGCCAAGUAUUUCGCAAACAUGCACCCCAGUACUUAGAAGAGCAAACAUGCAUUCCAGGCUUAGCUGCAACCAACGGCAAAAAGCUGCAUUGCAGGGGACACGAUUCGCAUAUGGUCGCGCGCUAUGGAUGCGCAACGGGGGGCCGGGCGUGUUUUUCGUAAAGACGGAACGGAGCCCAGGCCGUGCGACAAACGUCCGGCCCUUCAACAGCGCGGCUGAUUCGCGCCGCGCGGGCACGAAUUAGUGGGCCACGCCCUGCCCCGAUCGUGGUAAAGCGAAGCACCCACAACACGGGCGGCGCCGCUCCUGCGGGGCCGGAAGUAAUUUUCCAGGAAGCUGACGCGCGCGCCCCAGCCCGCGGGCGUGCGUGUCGAAGGUGAGCAAAAACGCACGGCACCGAAGAAAGCGUGGGCCCUGGUCCGCUUCCUGACCACUACGACGCCGCCGGCCGCCCCGCGUUUGCACUGCAAAAGCGGCCAAAUAAGUGUGGGCCGCCCCAAGCCAGGUGCCCGGCGCGCUUCCAAAGUGGUUGGCCCGGUAAGAAUGCGCAGGCUUCCGCACCUCUGCCGAAACGUGGCAGGAGCCCCACGUAGUUUGCGUCCACUCUACUUGUUGGCCCGGAAAAGCCGCCCGCGCCCUCGUCUGGGUCCCCGGAAGUCUCUGCGGCGAGGCUGGCCGUUUUCUGUGGCCUGCGUUCCCGUGAGGGCAUCGCCACUGGCGCAACCGGGGGAGGACCCUCUGCAGAGGACUUUCAAAUCCCCCAGGAGAUCUGCUGCGCCAAAGUAGCCCACCCGGUCGGCGUUGCGCGCCCGCUCGCUGGCUUUGCCAUGGGCACGAGCCCGAUUUGAGGAGGGGGCGCCGCAGAGGAUUCCUGAUAGGCCUCCAAAACUCCCCCAGGAGUCCUCUGUUCCAAGGCCAGCCGCCUUCAUUCUCCUGCCUUUCUCCGAUGGCGGUCGGUGGCACGAUUUUGGGAGAGAAGCUCCUGAGGGUUUCUGGAAGUAACCCAAAAUCCGCGUGGGAAUUCCCCGCGCCAAAGCUGACCACCUUCGCUUCUAUGGUCUCGCCCCGGGGGGCAUUGGUCUGAUUUGGGGGGAGGCUUCAUGGGCGAGGCGGGUCCGAAAUCCGCUCGCCCCGCAAUCCUUUGCGCCAAAUCUGGCCACCUUGCUUUUCCAGCCCUGCCCCGAGUGCAGGAAGGGGCCCGAUUUGAAAAGAAGGGCCCGAGACGGUUCCAAAAGCGCCUCCGGAAUGCCUUGCGCCAAAGAGAGUCUCCCACCCUGUGCGGCCCUGCGCCGCAGGCUUGGGCCCGAGCGAUUCGGGGAGGGGGUUCACUUGCUGCGGCCCCGCCCCGGGGGCGCGAAUAAUCCGGGGAGAGGUUCUUGGAAAGAACCCCGAGACGACUCCUCCUGGGGCUUCGACAUCCCAGCAGGAGUCCUCGUCGCCAUCCUGUGUUUUGUUUUUCGGCGCAUUAAGUAGGCCCUGAAACGUACGCGACAGAAGGGCCGCGGCCGCGCGGGCCCCGCCCUGCUAGCGAACUUCGUCGCCUAAAGCCCAACAGAAAGAAGCCCCUCCGGGCUUGGCGGGUUUGGGCGUGGUCUUCGGUCAUCUCAUUGUGGACGCAGGCAAUCCGGAUCCCGUCCGCAGGCCCGCUGGCGCGUUGGCAUUUAGCAUGUGUAGUGAGGAAGCAAUGGCAUCUUUGAAAAAGCUGGACGAGCAAGAGCGUGCGCCCACGGUAGAGGGAGGGGAACGUGGAGGCGCGGCUUACACGCUUCUCCGAGUUGGGCCCCCGAAGGUAGGGCCCAUUGAAAAGUCUCCCGCCGUGCAGCCUAAUAAAUAGGACUGUCGCAGGUCAUGAAACUGUAUCGGCCGCCCAUCGUUUGCAUGUCUGUUGUUGCCGUAUUGCGAAGGCCAUUGUCUUCGACCUGAUUGCGAUUCUGGGGCGGGGACCGUUUUGGUCAGGAUGCUUUCUCUUUUGCCGGCGGCCGGCGUCGGGUAUGCGUAUACGAAAGCAGCGGGGCCGGUGCAACAAGAAGCGCGCAAGAUACGAACGCACAACCAAGGUUCACGCGACAGGGCCAGCGCCGAGGGGAACCGCAGCGAGCCGCGCGCCUUUGCUCCUCACGGGUUGGCUUUCUUAAGAUGUAGCUCGGAUUUUUGGCGAGUGUGCCAAGCAUGCAGAAAACGUUUUUUAGGCGGAAGGGCAACUGCCUGGCGCGAGCGAGCUCGCUUGGGCCGAAUGCAAUCGAAAGCCACGGCAUGCCCAAAUCAGCGUGCCCCAUGCUGGAUCAGAAAUCGACCUUGAUCAAACAGCGGAAAAACCUGAACCGCCUACGCUAGAAGCAGGGGCACUUUAGCAGCCCGGGGACCUUUGGCGCCGCUGCCCACGCGCUGCGCAAGUUGGGGGGAGGAGUACUUACGGGGGGCAUGCUGCGGAGCGCUCGCCCGGGGAAGGUUAUGCCAUGAGUGGGGCUCCCUGCGCCUGCCCAAGUUCACGAACUUGGUGAGACCCCCAGGCCCAGGGCUUGCCACUUCCUACCAGUCCGCUCCGUCCGAUCGGCCAUUCUGGUGAAAGUCCACGCCAGCGCCGGCCCGCCUCUGGGGGGGGUCGAGAUUGUUUUGGCAUGCUUGUGACAGUUCAAUAGCGCGAAAGCUUCGAAACCCCACCGGCCGCCGCCCUGGGCUCUCCCUCAUUUGCGUUUGUGGCGCGUGUGCGUGUGUCGGUGGUCCUUUCCAAAUAAGGGCCACGGCAGUGCCCACCCUUUGGCCAGCCCGUCGCUUUCUUGGUUUUGGGAGCGUGCCCGGCAUUGUUUUGUUGUUUGUAUUUCUCCCCCGAACAUUUUUGUCGAGUCCGGUUUCGGGCCAGUGGCUGAUUGAUUUCCCCAAGAUGUUUCGGCGCCCGCCCGCUGCCCUUGGCGUGCAGCUUCCCACCCGGGGCCUUGGGCAAUCUGUGCUCUGGCAUGGACGGGUGAGGCGCGUGUACGUCGGCGGCGC